CAUUACGCAACGCUACAUUUGCAUACAGCGCGCCAAAUAGCAGCGUGCUUUCCUUCCUGCGGAUCGCUUCGUGUACCGUCAACCCGUUGGUAAGCCGUUAAAACCCGUUAAUUAAUACACAAGCAUGCAUAUCUACUUCUGUGGGAGUAUCCGAGGCGGGCGACAGGACGUGGACAUCUAUCAGAAGAUCGUCCGCAAGUUAAAGACGUUUGGAGAAGUGCUCACGGAACACGUGAGCCACAGUGAGCUGUCAGAGAAAGG